CGCUAACCUGAAUGCAACCCGUGGACGUGGGUUGGCAAUUGGAAAGAGCAUGUCCCCACUUCUUCACUACAUUCCAAUCUGAACAACAGCUCUUUCAAUCCGAAUACAGUCUUAUGAUGGCGAUAUCGAAGCACCUCCGGCAUGCUGGUAGUCAAAGAGCAGACCCUGAUGACGUCCUCUUUAGCCACUUCAAGCAUACGUCAUCAUGAUACGAAUAGCACCAGUGGCGCUGGCGUAGCACGAGUAUACAAGCAGUGGCGCUGUAGCAUCGAUGCCUCCUCUUCACCAUACCAAAAGAUACUGCAGAGUGACAGCAGAAACCCGACAUGACAACUCCCAACAUCGAGCUCCUCACAGCGGCCACGCCCAACGGCCAAAAGAUCUCCAUUUUCCUAGAAGAACUCGGCAUUCCCUACAAGACUAGCGCAAUUGAUCUAUCCAAAGAUGAGCAAAAGUCCGCCUCUUUCCUCAAAGUCAACCCCAACGGUCGCAUACCUGCGAUUGUAGACCACACCCGUGACUCGUACCCCGUUUUUGAGUCUGGAGCCAUCUUCCUCUAUCUCGCCGAACACUACGACAAAGACUUCAAGUUCAGCUUCCAGGAUAGUGACGAGAAGAUGGAAAUGACACAGUGGCUCUUCUUCCAGAACGCCGGUGUGGGCCCAAUGCAAGGACAAGCGAAUCACUUCGUGCGCUACGCACCCGAGAAGAUUGAGUAUGGCACGAAGCGAUACAAAAACGAAACAAAGCGGCUUUACUCGGUACUAGAAGCGCGACUCCAGGAUAGAGACUAUCUGGCAGGGAAGGGUCGCGGGAAGUACAGUAUUGCCGAUAUCACGACUUUUACAUGGGUUCGGUGGGCGCCAUGGGCGGGGAUUGAGAUGACCAAGUUUCCGAAGCUGAAGACGUGGUGCGAGGAGAUUGAGAAGAGAGAUCCGGUGAAGAGAGGGCUUUUGGUGCCGUCGGGUGAGGAUCAGAUUGAGAAGUUGAGGAGGAAUCCGGAUGUGCAGGAUCCGUUUAAAGCGUGGGUUAGAAAGGGUCAGAAGGAGAUUGCGGAUACGCAUGGGAACUAGCAAGCCCAUAGUACAAGACAUUGCUAAAGAUAGUACCCCAGCUUAAGUAUACAGUACCUUGAAAGCUAUCUAGUUGUUAAAAAUUAAUCGUAGUAUGUAUGCAGCAACAUGCGACA